AUGGUGAUAGUAGCUGAGAGGAAACCAGAGUUCUUCCAGAUGUCACAUCCUUUGUACGAGGUUGUGACUGGAGAGGGUUUGAUGCGUCCAUGCUUCAAGGUUGAAACAGGAGGUUUGUACUCAGGGGGAAGUGCACAGAUGAUAGAGAGUUCACUAAAUGUUCAUGGCGAUGAGAUUUUGUAUGUUGGUGACCACAUCUACACUGAUGUAAGCGUGUCCAAAGUCCAUCACAGGUGGUGA